AUGUCUGAAGCCAUUGAGGGCGGACCCACAUCGGCAUGCGGCGGACGCACUGGAAGGGAACAGAUUCAUCAGGCCAACUCCUUGGUCAGGUGCUCGAUCUGUGGUAAUGUGGGGCAUGACAAAGUGGCUUGCCUAAGCGCAAGGAAGCGUCCACGCACCGAAGAAGAGGAGGAAGCACUCCCAUCAGUUUGCAGGAGCUGCGGCUCGUCCAGGCACGCUGAAGCUAGUUGCCCACUGCGGAUGAAGUCUAUGGAGUGUUUUCAAUGUCAUCAAAAGGGCCAUCUGUUGCCGAUGUGCCCGCAGACGCGGUGCUACAACUGUGGUAAUUACGGACACAGCUCGCAACGUUGCCUUAGCAGGCCUCUGUGCUAUCAUUGCUCCUCAACGGGUCACAGGUCAACCGAUUGCCCGCUAAGAGAGAAGGGUCGGGUCUGCUAUCGGUGUAAAAAACCCGGCCAUGACAUGGCGGGGUGUUCUUUAUCUGCUUUGUGCUUCACGUGUAACGGAGAGGGGCACAUGUCGGCACAAUGCCCCCAAAUAUCUUGCAACCGCUGUAACGCCAAGGGGCAUGUCGCGGCCCAGUGCCCGCAAGCGUCUGGUAAUCGUAGCAACGUAAAAGGGAAUGUUGUGGUCGCUUGCUCAAAGUUUCCCAGCGUUGCCAGCGGUGGUAGCAUACCUACGGUGGAUUGGAAACGAAAUUUUCCGACUAGUGCAGCGAGUGGUGAUGAAAACGUAGUCAACGACUGGUCACCUGAUCGAGAGGAGGACGGCGUAGACGCAACGCCUCAUGCUGCCACGGUGGUGUCUGGAAGAAGAGAAAUAAUACCUCCAUUUGUGGCAAGUGGAGCGAAACGUGAUGGAAAAGUGGCUGUCAUAGUCGACGGUGGCUACUUUGAGCGGCUUCUAAAGGGACAUGAAUUCCGUGAUGAAGAGCAAUACAAGCGCUGUGUGGAGGCGUUGCGAUAUGUCCUUGAUUUUAUUGGGGAGAUUUUUCAAAAGACUAGCGUGGCAUUCUGGUUUGAUACCGACCCCUCCGCGUUUGCGGAUUAUGUGGAAAAUUCCAUGUCAUUAAUUCAUAGGGAGAAGGCGUUCCGCGGAAACAGUCUUCGCAAGAGAGUAUUGCUGGAUGAAAUGAAUGGUGGUAGGAAACUGAGCAAUGUGGUGGCCCGCCUUGUUGGUCGAAUGAAACGUCAAAAGGGUUACACUGGCGACGGUCCGGGUUAUGUGUGGGUCCAAACCGGUGUUGAUGUUGCCAUAGCGACAUGUGUCAUUGAAACAUUCCUGCGUCGCCAAUUUGAUCAGGUGGUUUUGUUAUGUGGCGAUUCGGACGUUUAUCCCGCAGUGUCCUUCUGCCAGGAGCAGCGGCGCACGCUCCAAACGGCAGAUGGCCCCAAUCCGGUCCGUGUGUGUGGCACUUCUUCCUCCAUCUCGCAACUUUACGGGCAAGACCAAGAUCUUUGUGACUUCCUCCCGCAGAUUUUACUUGACGCGCCGAGCCACACGGAGGGCAACAGGACAGUGGACUUUCCCACCCAUAGUGUCUUUCAGUAG